UUUGAAAGUUUGAAUGAUUCCACUCACUUUCCUAGUUUCCUUUCUUAUUCUUCAGUCCAACAUAAAUUUAAAGUCUUUUAACUUGUCUUCUCAAGUUGUACCUGAUCAACUCAACAACUUGUAACUUGUGAGUCUUUAUCUUGACAUGUUUUAUAUGUACAUAUGUAUGUAUUUGUGUCUGUACUAAUCCUCUUUAUUGUCUUAUUCUAAUGCCCACUUUUUUCUUAUAAAUUUGUACACUUUUGUUGAAUGUUUAGUCCCCUGAUUGCUAUGUUUAUAGCUUUUUACUGGGUCAUUUUUUGUUUUUGUUUUUAUUGUAGUAUACUAGUAUUCAAUUAAAGGUGUGAUUUUUACAAGUUGGUUGAUUAAGACAUAGAGUUUGGUCAAGGGUUUUAGGUGAAUGAGUAGAAAGUAGACUCAAAAUAAAGAUUGACCACAAGUUGAUGAUUGAUACCCUAUCUGAACUUUCUUGGAAUGAUCUUUAAAGGGGUUUGAUUGGUUUUGGUUUUUUGGGUUUUAAAGAAAUUUGGGUUUGAAGAUGUUAAGGGUGGAAGAAAAUGAUAGACCAUCUUGUGGUAGUCGGAAAACGUAUUCACGGUCAGCUUCGUGGUCUGAUCGAUCACCCACGAACCCUCUUCCUAGACCGCAGUUGAACAAUAAGGUGCGUGCUUGUUUGCCUCCUCUUCAGCCUUUGGCCAUUUCGAGACCAAAGGCUGAGGAGUGGCCUAGGGCUGGAUCGGAUGAUCUUGGUGUUUGGCCUAAUCCUACUACCCCUGGUGUGAGGGUUGGAGGCAAGGUAGCUUGGAACAACUCAGAGCAAUCGCCUAGAGAAUUUGAGUUUAGGAGAGAUAAGAUUGCUUUUUUUGAGAAAGAUUGCUCGAGAAUUGCUGACCAUGUGUAUUUAGGAAGUGAUGCGGUUGCAAAGAAUCGGGAAAUACUUCGCCAGAAUGGUAUUACUCAUGUGCUAAAUUGUGUUGGAUUUGUUUGUCCAGAGUAUUUUAAAAGUGAUUUGGUGUACAAGACACUUUGGUUGAGGGACAGCCCCACAGAGGAUAUUACUAGUAUUUUGUAUGAUGUGUUUGAUUACUUUGAAGAUGUUCGAGAACAAGGUGGACGAGUUCUUGUCCAUUGUUGUCAGGGUGUCUCUAGAUCUACCUCUUUAGUUAUUGCAUACCUCAUGUGGAGGAAAGGGCAGAGCUUUGAGGAUGCAUUUCAAUUUGUCAAGGCAGCAAGGGGGGUGGCUAAUCCAAAUAUGGGGUUUGCUUGCCAGCUUUUGCAAUGUCAGAAGAGGGUGCAUGCUGUGCCUGCAAGCCCAAAUUCAAUGCUAAGGAUGUAUAGGAUGGCACCUCAUUCCCCGUAUGAUCCUCUGCAUCUUGUACCAAAAUUGUUAAGUCACCCUCAUGCUGAUGCACUUGAUUCUCGGGGAGCGUUUAUUGUUCACGUUCCUUCUGUUAUAUAUCUCUGGAUUGGACAGGAUUGUGUUUCAGUUAUGUCAGACAAUGCCAGGACAGCUGCCUUGCAGGUUAUUCGAUAUGAAAAGGCGCAGGGUUUCAUUUCAAUUAUUAGAGAAGGUGAAGAAUCAUCUGAAUUCUGGAGUGCUCUUCAGAAUGGGGCAGAUACACAGGAGGAUAGACCAUCUUCUGGAAGUGAUAAGGGAUCUUCUCUGAUUCAUCGAGUUGUUGGUCAAAGAAAGGUUAAUGACUAUGAUUUAGAUUUUGAAAUCUUUCAUCAAGCAUUCUCUGGUGGUGUUGUUCCACCAUCUGCGUUAUUUAGAGCUGGAGCAGAGACCAGUCUUCCUGCUAGAGAGAAUGGAUGGGGCAGAUUAAGGCGGAAGUUUGCAAAUGGUAUCAUGAAAGAAUUUAUAGCUUCAUCCAAGUUGAGCUCUGAUACAACUGAAUCUAGUGAUACAUCAGAUAUGGCUAUGGAUACAGGUGUAGAAGUUGAGUCUUCACUUUCUUCUUUUGCAACCAGAAGCCUAAAUCAGAUUAGUGAUAACCAUACUGAGACUUCUACUACCAUUCCUGGUCCUUUAUAUUCACCAUCACCCCGACACAUUUCUUCUUUUCCUGUUAACAGUUCAAAGUUUAGCGCUUUCUCCCCUUCACCCUCACCUUCAACCUCUGACUAUUCUAGUCCAUUUACCUUCUCGCCUUCAUCAUCCAACUGGUCCGACUUGUCGUAUCCAUCAGCUCAGCCUUCGCCUUCUGGAUUGGGUUCUACAGAUUUAUGUGAGGCUAAGAAAUAUUCAUUGGAAGAGAAUGCCUUUUCUUCAAGUUAUGCUUUCAAAAGUACUUACUUGCCAUGUAAGGGAACAUCCCCAUCGAUCGCAGAGCGAAGAGGAACUUACCCUCCCCCUCGAAUGAUGUUACCUUCAGAUGAUAAGAUGCCACAAGCACAGGCAAAUCUGCCAAGGUCAUGGUCAUUUUCUUUAUCUAGUUCUGAAAAUGAAUUGACGAGUGCUGCUGAGUGUAUCCAUCUUGAACAAAAGGGUUAUGUUGAUACAGAAGAACCAAUGACAGACGUUGAUAUUACAGUCGCUGAUGUAUUUCAGAAUGUGAGGCAUGAUGAAGGCGAGAGUGGCCUCUUCCAUACUCCAUCAGGUGAUAUGGUUGAUGAUAUUGCAGAAACAACAAGCUCAGUUCUUUAUCAGUGGCCUGGCAUGAAUGAAGUUCAGAGGGAAUCCUUUGAGCCUAAUUCUGAGUCAGUUUAUUUUAUCUGUGCGCCAGAUAUGGGAUUCAGUUUAAAUACACGAGAUGUUCUCUAUAUCUGGAUUGGGCAGGAUGUGUCAUCUACUGAAAAACUUCAAAGGAUGGACUGUGAUGGUGUGUGUGAGGACGACCACAUCCAAUGGGAAGCUGUUGGUCGCAACUUCAUUACUAACAAGAACUUGUCGGCACACUCCAUAGUUCAGAUAGUCAAAGAAGGUGAGGAGCCUGAACAACUCCUUAAGCAUCUUAACUUGUCUUCGUUUCACAAGGCAAAAGAGCUAUCUAACAACUGACUCUAUGGAAGGCGCCAAAUCAUUUGAACCUCAACCACCUAAAUCCCGUUUUGCUAUGUUAAAGAACCCUCUGUAAUUUACUCUGUAAAACGCAAGUGCAUCCCAAGCAGUUAAAAGUUGUUUGUUCUGCUUGUGUGUGAUGUAAUUAAAGAAUCUGAUGCUGAAGUUCAGGAAAUAUUAUGUACAGGCACCAAGUUGCUUUGUAGCAAUAAGAUACGAAUGCUAGUUUCUCUUC